AUGGCGCCAGAAAACGAAAUCACCACCCUAGCGGUGCGCUCCAAGGAAGAUCCACCAACAUUGGAACCAGAAACCCCCGGUGUAGCGAACAAGGAUGAAGGAAUAUACGCCGCUGAGACGACCAAUCGCCGCAAUCCCAUUGGAUCGCGAUUGGGUUUUCUGAUCAGACAAUUCGAGAACCAGCUCAUCGACUACAACCUCGAGGCGCGUGGCAUUGAACGGGUAGCCGUGGACGAGCGCAUGAAGCGAAACUCGUGGCUAUCUUAUCUGCAAGCGUUCCUACUCUGGAUCUCCAUCAAUCUUGCGCCAAACAACAUCACCCUGGGAAUGCUGGGUCCGGCCGUAUAUGGACUUAGUUUCCGGGACUCGGCGCUUUGUGCUGUCUUUGGCGCUUUGGUUGGUUCCGUGGUCUCCUCUUGGAUGGCGACAUGGGGCCCCGUUUCUGGGAUUCGCACUCUGGCCUUCGGGCGUUAUUCGAUGGGCUGGUGGCCUAGCAAGAUUAUUGUGCUGCUGAACCUUGUUCAAAUGAUUGGAUACGGUCUGAUUGACUGCGUUGUAGGCGGCCAGAUCCUGUCCGCUGUCUCCCCCAAUGGCAUGUCUGUGGCUGUUGGUAUUGUCAUCAUUGCCAUCAUCAGUUGGGUGGUGGCUACUUUUGGAAUCCAGGUUUUCCAUUAUUAUGAAAGGCUAUCGUUCUUCUCCAUCUGUGUCAGUGCCGCGAUCACCUACGCCCCACUCGCAGCUGAUUUCUUCGUCUACUACCCCGAAAACACCUCGAGAGCUAAAAUCUUCGGCCUUAGCCUAGCGGGUCUUCUCGUUUCGUUCACCAUGGCAUUGGUGUGUGGCGUGGGCCUUGCAUCAGGUAUCACCGCACACCCAGAGUACGCCGCAGCCUACAAUGAAGGCCAAGGCGCAUUGAUUGUCGAAGGCUUUGGCCCGCUGCACGGUUUUGGCAAAUUUUGCUCCGUUGUGUGUGCCCUGGGCCUGAUCGCCAAUACAGUGGCACCCACGUACUCUGCAGGCAUUGACUUCCAGAUUCUCGGCCGCUAUGCCGAGGCAGUUCCCCGUGUCAUCUGGAACACCAUUGCCGUAAUCAUAUACACUGUCUGUGCGCUCGUUGGCCGCAGCCAUCUCUCUGAGAUCUUCACCAACUUCCUAGCCUUGAUGGGCUACUGGGUUGCCAUCUGGACUGCGAUCACACUCGAAGAGUGUUUCAUUUUCCGUGCGCGCACGGGCUACAACUGGGCCAUCUGGCGGGACCCGUCCAAGCUGCCAAUCGGCAUUGCAGGCUUCAUCGCCUUUGUCGUUGGUUGGGUAGGAGCCGUUCUGUGCAUGGCACAGGUUUGGUACAUUGGCCCCAUUGCGAAGCUGGUCGGUGCCUACGGUGCAGAUAUGGGAAAUUACAUUGGCUUUUCUUGGGCCGCCCUUGUCUACCCCCCGCUCAGAUACAUUGAGCUUCACUUCAUCGGGCGCUAG